GCUGUGUGUCCAUACACUAAUAUUCAAAAAUGGAGAGCCGUGAUCUGGACACAGAUAAUGUGACCCCACCCUCAGAAAAGCGGUAAGCUGCCAUGUUCUAAUAUUUUAGUCAUUAACUGUUCUUAUCUGAAAUAUGGAGUGAGUAGAUAUGAAAAGAAUAACUGAACAAAAAUUGAUCCUCAGAGUGAAAAGUUAUCAGUCCCCACUUUAAACAUUCAGAUUCUGUUCACUGUCAGUAAAAUGAUGUUCUUAUAAAAUAAUAAAGCAGUUAAAGAGUAAAGAGUAGGUAUGAGACGAUACACUAAAGCCACGAUACGAGUCGUAUCCCAAUACAGGCUUCACAGGACCAGACUGAUGAGACGGUGUUGACACAAAUCACACCACUGCAGUAUCAAUACAGUAGGAGUGUUCAACUCACAUUCUGACACAUCAGCAUUUCUGGGAGACUCUGAAGAUCCAUCAAAGUUUAUCAUUCCCUUUUUUCAUAUCCUAUCGACUAAAACCAAUAAUUAGAACAGGAUGUUUCUGUAGGAAAAAGAAGGGAUAACAGAAACUACUGAAGUGUAAGCGCUAUGAGGUAAUAACAUUUAUUCUAUUGUUUUUUAUGAAUGCGUUCCUUUGUUUAUUCACAUUUACAGCAGCUGUGAUGAGAAACAGGAUGAGCUCAUUGGGACGAUGCGUAUUUCCUGUUUCUGUUAGAAAGCUACUAGACAGAUAGCUACACUAUAAGCCCAGAGGUCUGGAGAGCCGGUGAAGUCGCUGCUGGAGUUUAGUGCAGAAGAAAAGUAGAUCAGGAUUUAUAAUAUCAGGUGUAUUUUUCCCCUGUUCUGAACUUAUUUUUAUCUUUUUCAGUGGAGCUGUAAUAAAGCUAUUUCAUGGCACCGUUGUUAAUGUAGAAAGAUUGUUUGAGGGUAAAUUGUGCCUUAAAUGAGUAAAAUAACAAAUGAGUGUCAUCACAUGUGCUACUCCCUCUGCUGCUGCUGCCGAGUGUGUAAGAAGAGGUGGAGGUCAUAAUGAAUAUUGAACAGAAAUAUGGUGAUAUACGAUAUGAUACAAAUUCAUCUCAGCGGCAUUUUGUGUCGGAAUUCUGUGGAAGAAAAACUGUCUCAUGUCCACUCUGUAAUGUUGUACAGUGAACUCCAGAGAAAGAGAUCAGACUCACCAGAACCCAGCUGUGUCUCCAUGAAGAGUGAUUGGUCUAUGGAUCAUCCUUUGAACUUUAAAAAUGGAAACUCCUCACCUGUACACAGUGAACUGCAGAGAAAGAGAUCAGACUCACCAGAACCCAGCUGUGUCUCCAUGAAGAGUGAUGCGUCUAUAGGUCCUCCUUUGAACUUUAAAAAUGGAAACCCGUCACCUGUACACAGUGAUUUACAGAAGGCAGGAGACAGAAGAGAAAAGAUCAUCACAGAUACAGGACACGCCCCAGAAUCUCCUGCUGUAAAUGAAGUCCAGAAAAAGUUCAGAUUAAAUCUGAUGAAGAAGUUUCAGUGUUUAAAUGAAGUGAUAAUAAAGCAGGAAAACCGAGUGCUACUGAAUGAGAUCUACACAGAGCUCUACAUCACAGAGGGAGACAGUGGAGACGUCAAUAAAGAACAUGAGGUGAGACAGAUCGAGGCAGCGUCCAGGAGAAAAACAACAGAGGAAACACCAAUCAAAUGCAAAGACAUCUUUAAGCCCUUAUCUGAAAAACCCCAACCCAUCAGAACUGUAGUGACAAAGGGCGUGGCUGGUAUUGGAAAAACAGUCUCUGUGCAGAAGUUCAUUGUGGACUGGGCUGAAGGGAAAGCAAACCAGGACGUCCCCCUCAUAUUUCCACUUCCUUUCAGAGAGCUGAAUCUGAUGAAGGACCAAAAACUGAGUCUGAUGGAGCUCCUUCAUGUCUGUUUUAAAGAAACAAAAGAAACAGAAAUGUCCAGGUUGGAAAAGGUUCUGUUCAUUUUUGAUGGAUUGGACGAGUGUCGUUUCCCUCUGGAUUUCCAGAACACAGUGAGUGUGUGUGAUGUAACUGAAUCAGCAUCGGUGCAUGUGCUGCUGAUAAACCUGAUCAAAGGGGAUCUGCUUCCCUCUGCUCUCAUCUGGAUCACCUCCCGACCAGCAGCAGCUGAUCAAAUCCCCUCUAAGUACGUCCAUCGAGUCACAGAGGUACGAGGGUUCAAUGACCCACAGAAGGAGGAGUACUUCAGGAAGAGGGUCAGUGAUCAGAGUCUGGCCAAGAACAUCAUCACACACCUGAAGUCAUUAAGAAGCCUGUACAUCAUGUGCCACAUCCCAGUCUUCUGCUGGAUUUCAGCCGCUGUUCUCGAGAGAAUGUUGGGUGAAGCAGAGAGUGGAGAGAUCCCCAAGACUCUGACUCAAAUGUACAUACGCUUCCUCAUUAUUCAGACAAACAUCAUCAGAGGAAAGUACUCAAAGAAGCAGGAGAGUGAUGAAGAAAUGCUGCUCAAACUGGGAAAACUGGCUUUUCAGCAGCUGGAGAAAGGCAACCUGAUCUUCUAUGAGGAAGACCUGAGAGGGUGUGGCAUUGAUGUGACAGAAGCAGCAGUGUACUCAGGUGUGUGUACGCAGGUCUUCAGAGAGGAGGUUGGGCUUCACCAGAGUAAAGUGUACUGCUUUGUUCAUCUGAGCGUUCAGGAACAUCUCGCAGCUCUGUAUGUGCAUCUGACCUUCAUGAAGGAAAAGAGAAAUGUUCUUGAUCAGAGUUGGCCCUUUAAGACAAUUUCAGAUGUACACAGGAGUGCUGUAGAUCAGACCUUAAAAAGUCAGACUGGACAUCUGGAUCUGUUCCUCCGCUUUCUUCUGGGUCUCUCACUGGAGUCCAAUCAGAAACUCUUACAUGCCUUAGUAACACAGACAGGAAGUAGCUCCCAGAGCAAAGAGGAAACAGUUUGGUACAUUAAGAAGAUGAUCAGUGGAGAUCUUCCUGCAGAAAAAUCCAUCAAUCUGUUCCACUGUCUGAAUGAACUGGGUGACGAUUCUCUCGUGGAGGAAAUCCAACGCUACCUGAAAUCUGGAAAACAAAGUGAACUCUCUCCUUCACAGUGGUCUGCUCUGGCGUUUGUGUUACUGACUUCAGCAGAGGAGCUGGAGGAGUUUGACCUGAGUAAAUAUACCAGUACAGAGAAGAUACCAGAUGAGGUUCUUGUGAAGGUGAUGCCUGUGAUUGCAGCAUCCAGAAAAGCCGUUAUCAGUUGUGAUACGAUUAAAGGGAGAAGCGCUGAAGCUCUGGUCUCAGUGCUCAACUCAGAAACCUCCAGUCUGAGAGAACUGCAUCUGACUGUGAAGACACUGGAUCUGUCUGGGAAUAAACUAGAAGACUCAGGAGUGAAGCGUCUCUGUGCUGUACUGGAGAAUCCUCACUGUAAAGUGGAGACACUGGUGUUGCAGUAUUGUGGUGUCUCAGAUGAAGGCUGUGCUGCUCUGAGUUCAGCUCUGAGAUCAAACCCCUCACACCUGAGAUACCUGGAUCUGACUAAUAAUAAUCUGGGAGACUCAGGAGUGAAGCGUCUCUGUGCUGUACUGGAGAAUCCUCACUGUAAACUGGAGAUACUGGGGUUGGAGCGUUGUGGUGUCUCAGAUGAAGGCUGUGCUGCUCUGAGUUCAGCUCUGAGAUCAAACCCCUCACACCUGAGAGAGCUGAAUCUGACUAAUAAUAAUCUGGGAGACUCAGGAGUGAAGCGUCUCUGUGCUGGACUGGAGAAUCCUCACUGUAAAGUGGAGACACUGGGGUUGCGGGAUUGUGGUGUUUCAGAUGAAGGCUGUGCUGCUCUGAGUUCAGCUCUGAGAUCAAACCCCUCACACCUGAGACAACUGGAUCUGACUAAUAAUAAUCUGGGAGACUCAGGAGUGAAGCGUCUCUGUGCUGGACUGGAGAAUCCUCACUGUAAACUGGAGAUACUGAGAGUGUCAUCGGAUGUUAUUGGUGACACAUCUUUUAUCAGCUGAUGUUUCCAAAGGCGUGGCCUUCCUGUCUGGAUUGACAGGUCGGUCACGCCUUCUACUGUCAGUUCGUCCCCUGCAAGAUGGCACUCCAGGUAUGGGAGAGCAUGUAUGCUCCCUCAUCUCGGUUGAUGGUCCUCGGGCUUCGCUUACGGAUCUCCAUGGCCUCCCUGAUCCAGCGCUGAUGUUUAUUAUCUUCUGUGCGGAUGACUCUGGCAUUCCCCCAGUCCAUAAUAUGAUUUUCCCUUUUGCAAUGAUCUGUUAUGGCUGACUUAUAAUUUUCCUGUUGUGCCUUUUCUUUUAUUGUUCGGGUUUGUCUUGUAGCUGUCUCCUUUUCGCACUCUUUCUUAUGUUCAUUUUUUCUUGUGUUGAAACUCCUUCCUGUCUCCCUAAUGUAAGUUUUAUUGCAUAAUUGGCAUGGAAUCUCAUAUAUGGUGUUGCAUCUGUUGUCCGGAUGUAUUCUGUCUUUGGGAUGAACCAGGAUCUGAUGGAGUGUUGUGUAUGGUUUGACAGGUGUGUUAAUGUUGUAUUUCCUCAUUACUCUUUGAAUGCGUUCAGUUAUUCCCCUAAUGUAUGGUAAUGUCACUACUCCCCUGUGUUCUUGUUUGUUUUUUCUCUUUCUUCUGUGUUUUGUUGUUUUUGACCUGUUCCGCCCCUUUGGAUAUUGCCCAUUGUGGAUAUUGACAUGCCUUCAGUGCGUGUUGUAUAUGUUGUUCCUCCUGUUCUUUGUCCUGUGGAUCUGUAAUAAUUGCUGUGCGUUCAUGUAAUGUUCUGACUACUGAUAUUUUGUGCAUUAUGGGGUGUUCGGAAGUCCAGUUUAAAUAUUGGUCGGUGUGUGUGGGUUUUCUGUGUACUUUUAUUUUGAUGUCCCCAUCUUCUGUGUGAUGUAUUUUUAAAUCCAAAAAUGCUAUUGACUGCUCCGUUUCUUCUUCAUGUGUGAAUUUUAUAUUACCGGUAUUGUCUAUGGUGUUGAGAUGGUCGGUGAGUUGUUGAGUGUGUCCCCUCUUUACUUUUUCUAGUAUGUCAUCCACGUAACGUUUCCAGAGUGUUGGCCUGUAUUCUGCUGGUAUUGUAGUGAGUGCUUUCUGCUCCAGAUCUUCCAUGAAAAAGCCGCACAUGAUGGCUGAUAGUGGGUCUCCCAUGGCAAAACCUUCCUUCUGUCUGUAAAUUGUAUUCCUGAACUGAAAGUAUGUGGAUGUGGCGAUGAAUUGAAGGAACUGAGUGAUGUCUUGUACAGUGAGGUUUGUGCGUUUCCUGAGCGUCCUGUCUGUUUUUAAUUUUUCUUGUACUAUCUGUAUGGUGGCUUCCGUGGGUGUUCUGGUGAAAAGAGAUAUGACGUCGUGUGAUAUGAAAACUUCGUCUUGCUGCAUUUUGAUGUUUUUUAGUUCUUCUGCCAGUUGUUUUGAGUUUUUGCAGUGUUGGUCUGUGAGUCCUAGUAAUGGUUUAAUUAUUUCGGUGAGUGCUUUUGAUAAGUUGUAUGUGACUGAACCAACGCUAUCUACUAUGGGGUGUAAUGGUGUUCCUGGUUUGUGUAUCUUUGGUGUGCCGUAAAUCCUGGGGAUGACGUUGGCUGUGGGUACUAAAUGAUUGUAUGCCUGCUUAUCUAUUUUAUUUUCAUCGAGUAGUGGUUUGAGUAGUGCUUUAAGUUUCUUUUUCUUGUCUUCUGUUGGGUCUUUUUUUAAUAUUUCAAAUGCGUCG